GAAAACACCAUAAAAAAAUUUUAAAACAUUUUUGCAAGUCUUAUUGGUUGGUAUUUAAACUUUUGGCAUAUAUGUAUGAUUGCACAUAGGGAAACUUUGAAGCUAUGGCAAGGAGAGGAGCAGCACAACAGCUACAGGCUGAUAUCAACACAGAUGAGGAGCUGGAAAAGUUUAUAACCAAACCGGGUUUAAUUGUGCUUGAGGUCUUCUCGGCAUGGUGUGGACCCUGUCUGGGUCUGAUGGGCACUUUGCGUAAGGCCAAGCUUGACAUUGGCGAAAAUCUGAGCUUAGCUGUUUGCCGCGCAGACACUGUAGCAUCCCUGAAUCGUUUCUAUAAGCGAAGUGAGCCAGUUUUUCUAUUCGUUAGCAAUGGCAGGGCUACGAAUAUAUUUUAUGGCUCGGAUGCGCCCAAGUUGAUGACUACUAUAAACAAGGAGCUGGAAAAGGCACUGCAACCGUUCAAGGGUCCAACUUAUGAUAUUUGGGAGUUACAGCCUGUGGAGGCAGAAGCUCGUCGCGUCAAGCUAGAGGCACUUGACAAAGCUGAACGGAUUGAGUUUGAAAAGAAGCACAAGAAGCGUGUGGAUUACCUUAAUCGUUGCACAGACAUCAUUAUGGAGAACUUACCCGAUGUAGGUGUUACGAUCUUUGGUCCACAGGUCUCUCGUGAUAUGUUCAAAAAACUCCAAGAGCCAGCUGAUCAGCUGAAAAUGCAAUGCAAAGAUCGUAAAUAUAUGGAGGUCAGCGAAGCUGACUUUGAAUUGAUCAAUUAUGCCUGCAAGAAUCCAUUGUCCGAGGAUAUUAUUGAACAACUGAGUGGCAGGGAAUUGCUCAUUUGUUACUGGAAAAUUGACGAGUCCUCUGGGCCAGUGCCGACUGUACUCGCAACCUAUGCGCAUGAGGUAACCAAAGAGCGUGUGGCGCCACCAGAUGAUGAGAUAAAUGUGCCGCAUCCAAUUCCACCACUAUUAACCACGCUCAAGCUCAAGGUUGAGGUGGAAGUGCCAGAGGGCGAAUCAUGGGAGGAUGAAAUAAGUUCGGAGGAGGAAGCUAGGAGAAAGGCAGCAGCUCGCAAAUCCAAGUCUAUUACGCGCAUACAGGAAGGCCAGGAGGGACGCGGUAAGGAGCCCGAUGGCGCUGAGGAAGAUAUUGAGGAGGAGGGCAUGGAAGAGGAAGAGGUUGGCCAAGGUCAAGGCCCUGCGACUCCUGCGUUCCCCGGCGUUGGCUUUGAGCUGGACUUGGGUCUGGACGACGAUGUAGUCAGCGAGGAAGAAGUUGAGGAAGAAGAGGAAGUGGUAGUCAAGGUGCAGACACGCAUCAAGAUUGUUAAAAUUCCACCCAUUUGGGUGGCCAACAGCCGGCGCACCCAUGCCUCACUUAUCUAUACCUUCUUCCGUAAUCAAACCACUGGCUUCUUGCCGCAAGAUCCACCUCCAGAGCCGCCGCAUGUGAUAAUGGCUUUUGAGGCACACAAACAUGAUGAGAUUAUGGAAUUUGUUGAAGGUAUAAAAGAUGAAGUGCCCCUCUACGGUUUCUUCACCGAUGACAAUCCGGCUGAUGCCAAGCUCAUAAGCAACUCUGUAUUCCGAUACGAUCAACAAGAUCAUAAUAUGAAUGAUCGUUUUGUGCUUAAGGUCAACAAAGUUCAAUCUAAUACAAUGCUAUCCCUGGUACAGUUUGAGCCCACUUAUGUUAGCAGCAAUGUCACUUCUGGAAAGGUGGAUGCUCUCAAGUUCUUCCCAGAGGAUUACAAAACGGAUGAAGAGUUGCCUCCGGAUAUGGUGGAGAAGCCCAAGAAGCAAAAGAAAAAGGCUGAAGCGGCCGCUGAAAAGAAACAUUCCAAAGCUGUAUCACGUCCACAGUCCGUUGCCGAUAAACCUCCAGAGCCUACGGGUGCCCCUGCGCCAACGCCAGCACCGGCUGAAGGAGAAGCCGCCCAGGCACCAGCAGCUGAAGAGGCAGCCGGCGCAGCAGAUACACCACCAUCACCACCCGAAGGUGGUGAGGCGGCUCCUGCCGAAGCGCCAGCUACGAAGAGGCAGCACCUGCUGCGGAAGCUACUCCAGCCACUGAAGCAGCCGCUGAGGCAGCUCCAGCAGCCGAUGCAGCGCCAGCGCCUGAGAGUGCUCCCGCACCAGAGACAACGAAAGAGGAGGCACCAGCCGAAGCGCCACCACCAGCACCAGAAGCACCUGAACCAGCCGCUGAGGAAGCAGCAGCACCACCACCACCAACUGAAGCUCCAGCUGAAGCAGCUGCUGCCGAAUAGUCUUUCCCAAACAUGUGUAUAUAUUUUUAGAUUACUUUGUGCAAUUCGUUUUUGGCUCUACAAAUUAAACAAGUCUAGACCGAAAUUCAAAUGCAAAAAGAUCAAAUGCUGUUUUAUUUAUUACUGGAAUAACUUUAAGGCAUAA